AUGGCACCCUCUACUUUGAAAACUAAAUCCAACUUCCAUGCUAGAUCAAACAGCUUGCCCUCUAGACCACACCCUCUCAUUCUACAAUGCAAUGAGCAUUUGGACAGGUUAAGGGCUUCCCAUGAAACAUCCUCUUCCUCUUCAUUGCUUAGCCAUAAGCUAGGAGGGUUGCAGGAUCUUCAUGAUUGUGUUGAAAAUUUGAUCCAGCUACCCCUCAUCCAAGAAGCCCUCCUCCAUAAUAGUCAAGAAAACUGGGUAGAUGAGCUUUUGGAUGGAUCCUUAAGGCUCUUAGAUGUGUGCACAGCCACCAAAGAUUCUCUACUACAUACAAAGGAGUGUAUGCGUGAACUUCAAUCAAUUAUGAGAAGAAGAAGGGGUGGUGAAGUGGAGCUCAAGGCAGAGGUUAAAAAGUUUUUGACUUCAAGGAAGGUGGUAAGAAAAGCCAUCUCAAAAGCCUUGACAAAUUUGAAGGGUGCUACUACAAAGAAUUGCAACAUCUCAUCCACAAACAAAGACAAUCAAACAUUAGCUUUGAUUAGCUUAUUAGAAAACGUGGAAGUGAUUACUCUAUCAACAUUUCAGGCACUACAGCAAUUUAUCUCAGGGACAACACAAUCAAAGUCAAGUAGCUGGCUUUUGAUUUCCAAGCUAAUGCAGACCAAAAAAGUAGCAGCUUGCUCACAAUUUUCAGAUGAAAGUGAAUUUUCCCAACUUGAUGAAGCAUUGCAAUCCUACAUAUUUUCUCAGACAAGCAAAUUUGAAAACAUGAAUAAGUUGCAAAACCACUUGGAGAAACUGGAACCGCUCGUUCAAGACCUUGAAGAAGGGCUUGAGUUUCUGUUUAGGCGUUUGAUUAAGAUUAGAGUUGCCCUUCUUAACAUCCUCAAUCACUAG